AUGACAAAGCUCACUCUCCUCGCAGCCACCUUCAUAGCUUUCCUCCUCCUGGUUGAGGCCUCCCGAGUCACUACUGUGACCAAGGAAGAUGACGAAAAAGGAAAUCCAAAAAUGAAAAGUUGUCAGAAACAGGUGCAGCGGCAGAAGUAUCUGAGGAAUUGCCAAGAGUAUAUGAAGGAAAAAGCUGAUUAUAACAAGCAGCUGAAUCAUGAAAAGGACGAAGAAUACCCAGAAGAAUGCUGCGAGGAGCUUCGGAAGAUGGAUUAUAGGUGCUGCUGUGAGGGACUGAAGCAGGCCAUUCUGCAACUACAGACGAAGGGAGAGCUUGAGGGUGAAGAUCUCUCGCAUGCUUACUGGAUUGCUAGAGAUUUGCCACUCACAUGUGGCUUAAAGGCAGGGCAAUGUCGUUUGCAGUAG